GAUAUUCUUUAACAGCCCUACCUACCUACAUACAAAAGAUGUUCUAUUAUAUCCUCAUCUCUCAUCCGAAAUGACACCUAGACCGAAUUUGAUUUUAAGUAUUCGAUCUUUCCUUUUGUUUUUUCAACAAACUUUCUUUUUCAACUUCCUUUCCACCUAGCUUUAGGUCUAGGUAGUGGCACCUCGCCAUUUUCUUGGUAUGCCUUUCACAAGCCGAUUUGUUACUUGGAACAAUUAGGUGGGCGAUUGACGUAUUGAAGCACCAAAAGAAGAGGAGGUCUCUUUCGUAUUUAUGUUCAUAUAUUGAGAAGACAAAUAACUACUUAUUAUUAGGUAUCAGAGGUGUUUAAUAGAGGAUUAUUGUGUCCGAUAGGUACUGGCUCUAUCACCGAAUGUUCGGGUCAGUAGGCAAGUCUUAGAUUCAUCAAUAACCUCCUUUUCUCAGCGGGUGGUGGAUUGUGGAUGAUGGAUGAUGAAUGAUGGAUGGUGGAUGGUGGGUGUUCCUAAAACCUUGGUUGGUUUCGCCUCUUUAACUCGAUUUCCUAAAUAACACUGCAGUUAGGUAAUUAGUUGACCACGAGAACCAUCCCACCUCAUACUCAAAAAACCCAAUACAUACUCCGUACAAUAAUCUCACAUCAGGUGAUUGUUUUCUCAGGAGAAUUUACCCCUUCAUUUCCCAAUUUCAAUAUUAGUUUUUUGUGUAGAUACCUAGGUAUCUUGAUUAUAUUCGCAGGUACGUACGUACUUUGGUAGGUUAUGUUUACUUUGGACUAGUUAUUUGAUCUAAUCAAUUAGAAUUCCCUCGGUCAUCCCAUCCAAUCCCACCAACAAUUCCAUUUGGAGGAUUCCCUCUUGAGCCUUGGUUAAGCUACAACUCAAAGUCAAUUUUUAGAACACCACACUCACUCCCUCACUCACUUGCACGCUCACACACACACGCCCACACACAUUCCCUGAACCGCCUAUUGUGUUGUACAGACUAACCGCUCGCCUCAUAUCAUCAGGUACCUAGUGUAAUUAAUACCCACCGUACACCACUAAGGAAGGGCGAACAAAAUAUACUAGUCAAAUGCCAACGUUUUCUGAUUUUGAACCUUGUUACGAAAGUACAGCAAAGACGAUUCCACGACUCAUUCAAAAACAAAACGCUUUAUUUCUCUUUCUCUUUCUUUCCUGUCCUUUUUCAACCCAAACUCCGAAUCAAGCAAUCAACUCCACCCUCUCCCAGCCUUCUUGCGAUCACAUUCAUUUGCUUUCAGUGAAUCGCCAAAGACUCAUCGAAAGGACCUUGGAUAAUUCCAAACACAACGCCAAAAGCAGUCGGAAGCCCACUACUCCGUACAAUCAUUCAUUCUCGAGCUUUUCAAUCAAACACCGAAGUGGCGGCUGAGAUAGCGGAGGGUCGGUGAAGUAGAGGAAAAGAAAAGAAGGUGGUUUCGGCCCAAAUGCAAAUCAACCACCGCCUACGACUAGCCUAGACUCUUGUUACCCGUGGACCUCACAGUCUGAAAAAUCCCCCAAUUCUCGAUUCCACAACCAACUCAGAAUAAUACUUCACGAAACAUACGACACAUUUCUUAACGCCGACCACGACCCACCAUUCAAAGAGGAUUUUCCUUCACGAGAGUAUAUCUGUCGCUGGCCAUCUCAUUCGACAUCUAAUAAAUAUAAUACUCAUCAAAUAUUACUACUGUACAAGUUCUAGGAUUUGUGGAUGAACGUUACAUCGCCAUUAAUUGCGGGUGGGGAGUGAUUGGACUUCCUCAACACCAUCACCGUCGAUCGAAUUUCACCUACACCGAGCCUUCUUUUUCAUAUAUACUCUGCACAAAUAUGAGUGCUUCUCCUACAGCCUCUUUCGCAACGAGCGAUGUCGAAAUCGAUCUCGCAGCCAUGUUUGAAGACUCGAUCGGUAUUGCUCGAGAUGUUGUCAAGGGAGUGAUUUUAAAACAUUGUAAUGCUCCGUUGGAUGGCCAAAAUAUUUGUUUCACGGCUCAACAUAUACUUGCCGGGGAUGACAGAUUUAAUAGAGUUCUCACCAUGCGAGAAUCAGAUUCAUCCGCAGACACAAUGGUGCAGAAUAAUAUUGUUCAGCUUCCAUAUUCCGGAAACACAAUAGGUCCUACUUUCCAUCCAUCGACGAUGGGUCAAAUGGGUCAAAUGGGUCAAUCAAAUUCACCCUUGACUAUGAGCAAUAUUAAUUCUCACCUCCAUCGUGAAAAUUCAAUGCAAAAUCCCAAUAAUUCCCAAUUUCGAUCCCAGUCUUCCUUCUCUGUCGCUCAAACUCAAACCCGAGGCCAAACCGAACUUCUACAGGUUUCGAAUUUACUCCAAGGAGCUAACAAUUACCACCAAACAUACCCCUCAAACAACAAUCUACAUUCACUCUCUUCGAUCCGGCGCCAACAUCAACUGCCACAAGUCUCUUGCAGUAUCAAGUAUCCACAUAGUAUGGGCGAUCUCUUCUCUCGAUCCGAUUCAAUUCUUGCAUCGCAAAAUAUCAACCCCACGAAUCGAAGCAAGUUUCAACGGCAAAUGAUUUCCGAACUACAAGACUCUCAAAAUCUCGCAAACCCACCAAAUUCAAAUAGCUCCACAGCGUACGCUGGGCAAGGCUCCUCCUCCACUCUGGAAAGAUCGAGUUCGAACGGUUCACUUUCACCCAAUUUAUCGUUACCACCUUUGGCCCCAGCGCAAAGAUCCCCACAUACUGACGCUUUACUGAUUGUUGAAUCUCGAUCCACCACGCAAAGCCGCGCAGAAACACCACUGGACUUGGAAAUGGCCAAAAAUACCAACCCGAAGAAGCGCAGGGCUCAAACAGGUGACGGAAAAGCCGCCGCGAAGAAGGCAAAGACGAACAAGGGUGAGAAGGCGGAUAAGUUGGAGCUAGUAAGUGUCACCAUGCAAAUACGUGCAGAACAGAUCUAACCUUUUGUAAAGAUGAAGGAUAAAGCCAAAUAUAAUCUACCAGGUACAAUUUGGAUGCGCGUUCUCGAAUUCUGCCCCCCCAUAUUCCUGCGAAAAGCUCGUUUUGUCAGCAAAGAAUGGAAGAACUGGGUUGAGAACUUUUCAUCUAUCCAUGUCAAUUGCCGAAAGGAGAACUUUGGUUACAAUCUACCCGAGCAUAUCCCGGGUUUAUCAGCAAAGCAAUAUGUCGAUCUUCUGGGUGGGAAAGGCUGUAUGGAACCCGGUUGUAAAAACAAAGACGCAAGCAGAACACAUUGGGCUUGGAAGAAGAGGUGGUGCUUCUCAUGCUGGAAGGAGAAGAUUGAGAGAGAAGAUCGUAUCCAAAAACACCGCCAACUCCAAUACACCCGACCCGUCAUUGACAAACUACUCGAGUGUAUCCCGGUCAGCAUGUACGACUCCUUUGGUAAACCUCAUGAUUACGUCGAAGAUGGACCCCAAGCUUUGACAAAUCAAUUGGCGACGCACAGAUUGUACAAAUACUACCUGAUUGUUGACGUCGAUAACGUUAUCAAGGAAUAUGAGGCUCUCACUCCUGACCCUUUUCGUGAGGAUCCUACCCAUGAUGCUCAACAGAAAGCCACCGCACGCCAAAUUUGGGAGGACAAGAUGGCCAAAUUGGACGAAGAGCGUGAUAAGUUCUUCGAAGCGAAGAAGGCCGAGAACGACAAGCUCAUGCAACUCGUAAUACAAAUUGAAGCCGCAAUCCGUGAGAGAAGAGCAAGAGGUCGCAAGCCGAAUGAUGCCAAUCGUGAGAGUCGUAGGACUCUCUUCCUCAAGUUAGCGAAGCGUGAUCUCCCUGAAGUCCCAGAGGAAUUCAUUAUAAGUACCAAAGCAUUCAAGGCAGCUGUUCGAAUUUUCAGAGAUGGUGGCUCGGAGCGAGGUUGGAGAACUUUGAAGCCAAAGAUUGAAGGAGAAUACGCUAGCUCAAAAAAGAAAGAUCAACAGGCUACCAAUCGUGCAACCAAUACACCAAACCGAUCUGCAGGACAAGACAUCCAAAUGACUGGCCACGAUCUCGGAAACUUUGAGCUGGACAAUGAUGACUUUCACCAACUUGGUAAUGGAGGCCUCCAACAAAACCUUCAGCAAACUCAACUUCAAGGAUUUCAACUUCAAAAAUCUACAGCAUUUACAAGUAACAAGUCUCUUGGCAUGAACCACUCUGGUGGCUCACUUGGAUACAGAAACAAUUCCAUGGCUUCAGGAUCACGACCAGCAAAUAAUUCGGCCGCGGCAUUUCUUAGUGGCGGAUCAAUUUUUGUGAACCAACCCUUCGGCAACAGUGCCUCUGCUCUACCCAUGGCUAUGAAUUCAUUGGGCAAUGGGUCUUUUAGCAAUAAUGGUUCUUCUGCCAGCUCAUUGAACCAUGUUUCUCACAUGAACAAUGACUUUUCCGCCAAUUCGUUAGCCCCUCUUUCUCAAAUUAACAAUGGCUCUUCCAUUGGUUCAUCGAGCAAUCUCCCUCGCGGUAGUAAUAGCUUUCCCAAUGGCCCAAUGACUCACCUUUCUCAGAACAAUAACGGCCGAAGCAUGGGUUCAUCGAGCAACACAGCUUUUGGUAAUACCAACUUUAUGCCCCAUUGCUCUCAGAACAUUAACGGCGUCUCUAUUCGUUCAUCAAACAAUAUGUCAUUUGGCAAUAAUGGCUUUCCUACUGGCUCAUUAAAUCAAAUCUCUCAAAGCAAUAAUGGGUCUUCGGUCAAUCCAUCGAGCAAUCUUGCAAGCUACAACAAUGCUUUCAAUUCCGGCUCGUUGAACCAUUUUACUCAAAACAACAGUGGCUCAUCGCUAGUACCUAGUAAUUCGCUAAAUUACGCUUCUCAAAACGGCAACGCUUUUUCUGCCAACUCAUCGAGUCAUGUUUCUCAAACAAAUAACAGCUCAUCACUUGUGCCUGGUAAUCCGUCAAACGUCGGGUCAUCAUCCACUCCACGAAGUGCCAUGGCUAUUUCUUCCAUUAUCACAGGAACCCAACCUCAAAGUAACUGACAUAAUAUUAAUCACUCGUUUAUCCGAAGGACGAGCAAACUUUUUUCUCACCAGCACGUACACCAGUUUGAUAUUGGAAGCGUGGAAUCAUUAAAGGAAAGCAGACCGGCGAACAACUGUGUCUAAAUCACUUUCGAUAUCGCAUUCAAUUUUUUUUUUCCUCAGUUUUUCAUUCUGCUUUUCAGCAUAAAAUAUUGGCGCAAUGGAAAGCGCAAUACCCCAUAAGGAACAAUGGCUACAUUCAGGAGUUUAUCAUUGUCCGUCAUGGCGAUGGUUUGAUGCAUAUAAGGAUUAUGAGGUGUUUUUAUAUGAGGAUGCAUAGGUGCAUUCCAUGUCAUGGCGUUUUAGAGGUUUUUAUUAUUUAUUUGGUCCCUAUGAUUAGGCGAUUGAUUGGGCAGCACGAGGGAUGCAUAAUCAGCGACUGGGCGUUGUAAUAACACAUGGUUACGAGCCAUCGAUUAUCUCUGGUCUCUUCUUUCUCUUUUUCAUUUUUACAUUUUUACAUUUCCAGUAUUUCUAUGAAGCGGUGACACGAUGGACCAUUGUGGAACGAAAUGUGGUGGGUAGGGGAAAGGAAAUCUGGAGAUUGGAAAGAAAGAAGGAAAGAAAGACAAAGCGAACGACAUAAAAGCUUCGCAGGCUGAGCGGUUAUUACAUUUGGUGAGUUGCAUGGGACGGAAUGGUGGGUUCGAUUUCUGCUCUUACUUUAGCAUGGCACAAACAUUCCAUACACUACAUACAUCAUCAUAUAUGCAUAGUUCUAAAUUCAAAUAUGGUGGAGUAGUUGGAUUUGAGCAUAGGAUGGAUGGAUGGACAAGCAAAUAAAAAUUGUUUAAAAUACAUACACCCGUUUUCUUAUUCA